CAUCACAAAUAACGAGUAAAAACACAUACAAAUAGCAAAUGGCUAACAAGCUCUUCCUCGUCUGCGCAACUCUCGCCCUCUGCUUCCUCCUCACCAACGCUUCCAUCUACCGCACCGUCGUCGAAUUCGACGAAGAUGACGCUACCAACCCCAUGGGCCCAAAACAGAGAUGCCAGAAGGAGUUCCAGCAAUCACAGCACCUAAGAGCUUGCCAGAGAUUCAUGCAGAAGCAAACAAGGCAAGGUCGUGGUGGUGGUCCCGCCCUCGACGAUGAGUUCGAUUUCGAAGACGAUAUGGAGAACCCACAGGGCCCCCAGCAGGGACACCAGCUACUCCAGCAGUGCUGCAACGAGCUUCGCCAGGAAGAGCCAGUUUGCGUUUGCCCAACCUUGAAACAGGCGGCUAGAGCUGUUAGACUCCAGGGACAGCACGGACCAUUGCAAUCCAGGAAAAUUUACCAGACAGCUAAGUACUUGCCUAACGUUUGCAAGAUCCAGCAAGUUGGUGAAUGCCCCUUCCAGACCACCAUCCCCUUCUUCCCUCCUUACUACUAGAUUCCAAACAAAACCAUCGAGCGUAUGAGAGUGUGGUUGUUGAUAUAUGUUAACACCACACCUCAUCGUGUGUUUUAUGAAAAUGUAAAUUUUGGAUGUUUGAGGCUAAUGUAAUUAGCACAAGUCCUUAAUAAAUAAGAGUUUUGUUU